AUAUCAUACGUUCAGUACGUUGACAUAUCAGAAAAAUCAACAUCAAAAUACAGAAAAGAAAAGAGAUGUUGAAAAUAUAAACAAACAAUAAUUUUGUACUCCAACAAGAAAUUCAAUUACGAAUUGAAAGUCUGUACAUCCUUCACCACUGCUAAUCCUUGUCUAUAACAUUUAUUUAUAUCAAACGUAGUAGUUUGUGUGUUUCUUCUCUACGUGCUAAAGUGUACCGACGUCGGAACACCUAAAUAGGUCACAAAAUGGAUUCAGACUCCGAUAAUCAAAGUGAUAGUACCGAGCAAAUGGAUGAAAGUGACGAUCUGGACGAUUUACGAGUUCUACCAUAUCCGGAUGAGAGUGCAGACAUAGUUAUUCGAAACUACAAUCCAAAUCCAAUGAACCAUCAUGAACCUCCAUCAUUGCCACACAACACAAUUACAUUUGAACCGGAAAGACAGUUCGAAGAUGCUGGUGAGAAUUCAGAACAGUUCGACAGAGAUCUUCCACCCGAGCAUUUGUAUUUAGGUAAUUUGGAGCGUGUCAGCGCCAUUGAAUGUCUCAAACCAGGGAAAUACUACCAUCGUAUGCCGAUAUUCGCACAUCACAGUCUAGUGUUUCCUGGCGAACAAAUUCCCAUGAUUCUGUCGCAAACUGUAUUCAUGACAACCAAUUUUCUUACCGACUCAAACGGCGGCUGUCUGUUUGGUCUCAUGUUUUUGCGACUGAAAGGGGUACCGAAAUACCGAACUUACGGCGUUACGUGUCAAAUUUACGAAAAAGGAUCGGACGACUACGGUAACAUCGUUUUUAAAUCGAAAGCUUGCCAACGAUUCGUCAUCAACCAUAAAUUGAAGGAGAAUGAAAAUUUUCUCAUUUACGAUAUGGUGCAUCCGUCGAUGAGUCCUCAGUAUCCGCAGCGGUGCACAGCAACAGUUCAAAUUUUACCAGAAAUUGUGCUCGGUGAUCCGUUGUUGAGCCAUUCGGCGAAUAAUGUGAAAAAAUUCUUUCGAAACAAAUCGGUUAUCAAGAAAAUCCGUCGCUUCGAAGCGGGAUCGGUUGCAUGGCCGACGUUCAUUUACGAUCAGUACAGCAUCAGUGAUAUAUCGGAACGAGCUAAAUCGUUUCUGAGCAAAAUAAACGUCGAUACUAUGCCGUCCGACCCAGUAGCCCUUUCCUUUUGGUUGUGCAAAAACAUCUUACCCAAUGAAGAAGAUCGGCUGAGUAUUUUUAUGUGCAAUUCAGUAACAGAUCGCAUGCAAAUCAUUGGGAAGUCAAUGAAUGUGAUCCGAUUUUUCAUAUGCAAACACUGUCGAAGUAAACUGGCCAAUUUCAACACAUUAUUCGCAAUGUCGAAGCAGGGUGUUCAAUCCAGUUAUUGUAAUCCGAGCGGAUUUAUACACGAAACGAACACUGUGUACUCGACCCUUCACAAUGCCGUUUACGUAACCGGUAGACCCACGGAAGAAUUCAGUUGGUUCCCCGGCUAUUCAUGGCAAAUUACGUCAUGCAGCACAUGCCACAAUCAUCUGGGAUGGAAAUUUUUGGCAAUAAAAGAGUCCGUUGUGCCAAAAUCAUUUUUUGGUCUGUCCGGCUCCUGUGUGAUGAUUGAGAAGGAAGAGAAAACGGAACCGCACUUCGUUGGCUUUGCGUCCAUUAUGGCGGUGCUGAAUUACGGUCGACUUAGAAGUGGAGGUAACAACAGCACUGACGACGGUGACGAAACGAACUAAAAUUGUGAGCCAAUAAUUCUUAUCAAUAUUUUAAUGUGUACAACUGGCAACUGGAAAAAUAAAUUAGAGAAUUUCCACUUGUUACCGA